AUGGGCAAAGAACUAUCAUGUGGUGUUGAGUUCAUGCGAGGAGUAUUACUUUUCCUCAACGCACUGUUUGUACUUAUUGGUCUUGCUCUUCUCGGUAUCGGUAUAUACAUCAAAGUGGACACUAAUUUUGCAUCAAUUCUGAGCAAACUGGCUACUGACGGCAGUUUUGAAGUAAAAACUCUUGGAUUUUUAGCUUUUGUUAUGAUUGGUGGUGGUAUUUUUACUCUUAUUAUUGCCUUGUUAGGCUGUAUAGGAGCCUUGUGGAAUAAUCGAUGUUUAUUAUUUAUGUAUGCUAUAAUUCUUAUUCUGUUAAUGAUCCUCGAAUUAGUUGCUUUUAUUUUGGCAUUGGUGUAUAAAGGAAAACUUAAAAAUCUUUUUGAAGAACCUUUAUUUAAAAUCUUACAUACUGCUUUGGAAAAUAAGGAUAACAAGACAAUAACAGCUUUCCAUGAUUUGGAAAAUUCAAUGAAAUGCUGUGGUGUCCAUAAUAAAUCGGAUUAUGAUUCCUACACUCUUGACCAAGAAUCUAAACGGUGUAAGGAGCAUCCUGAUUCGAAGGGUUGUUCUCAAGCUAUAAUUGAUUUAUUCAGUAAGAAUUUACCAAUAGUUGGCGGCACAUUAGGUGGUAUUUUAAUAGUUGAACUUUUUGGCUUGAUUGGUGCUUGUGUAUUGGCUGCAGCACUCAAAAAUUCACCUAAGAGUUAUUCAUCACCUCCACCAAGAAUGUUUUCGAAAUUAAGUGGCCGUAAUUAUUAA